CGCUGCCGGUGCCAGGCUCGGGCGCCCGCGGCCGCCGCUCGGAGACACCGGCCCGCAGUCUCCGUCCCCGCCGAGGCCGAGGCGCCCCCGAGCCAUGGCCCGUCUGAACUGCGGGGCCACGAUCGCACUGCUGGGGACCCUGCUGCUGGGCGCCGCGCGCCUACCACACGCAAAGGAAACUUCUGAGAUUUAUCUGCCACACCAAAGCGGCAUUACAGUUCACAUAAAACUGGGCCCCUCACAAAUGGCAGCCACGUUCUGCUACAUCGUGACUUCAAGAAAAGUUACAUCACUAAUCAUCAAAGCUGGAGAAAGAAAAACCGUUUCCUUUAGCUGCCUUAAUCCAGAAAAUCACUACGUCAUGGAGAUCCAGAAAAAUAUCGACUGCAUGUCGGGUCUGUGCCCGUUUGGGGAGGUUCCGCUUCAGCCCCCGACUUCAAUGCUGCCCACCCUCAACAGAACUUUCAUCUGGGAUGUUAAAGCUCACAAAAGGAUCGGUCUAGAGCUUCAGUUCUCCCACCCUCGCCUGAGGCAGAUUGGGCCUGGGGAAAGCUGCCCGGAUGGAGUCACUCACUCCAUCAGCGGCCGCAUCGAUGCCACCGAGGUCCAGAUCGGGACCUUCUGCAGCAAUGGCACCGUGUCCCGCAUCAAGAUGCAAGAGGGAGUGAAAAUGGCCUUGCACCUGCCUUGGUUCCUCCACAGAAACAUCUCUGGCUUCAGCAUCGCAAACCGGUCGUCUAUAAAGCGACUGUGCAUCAUCGAAUCUGUGUUUGAGGGUGAAGGCUCAGCGAUCCUGAUGUCAGCCAACUACCCAGAAGGCUUCCCUGAAGAUGAGCUCAUGACCUGGCAGUUUGUCAUCCCCGCACACCUGCGGGCCAGUGUCUCCUUCCUCAACUUCAAUGUCUCCAACUGCGAGAAGAAGGAGGAGCGGGUGGAGUACUACAUCCCAGGCUCCACCACCAACCCUGAGGUGUUCAAGCUGGAGGACAAGCAGCCCGGGAACAUGGCUGGGAACUUCAACCUCUCUCUGCAGGGCUGUGACCAAGAUGCCCAAAAUCCAGGGAUCCUCCGGCUGAGAUUUCAAGUCUUGGUCCAACAUCCACAGAAUGAAAGCAAUAAAACCUACCUGGUUGACCUGAGUAAAGAGCGGACCCUGUCACUCACCAUCGAGCCCCGGCGGUUCCCACUGAGCCGCAAGUUCGUCCCCGGCUGCUUCGUGUGCCUAGACUCGCGGGCCUGCAGCACCAACAUCACCCUGGCACCUGGCUCCAGACACAAGAUCUCCUUCCUCUGUGACAAUCUGACCCGCCUGUGGCUGAAUGCCGAGAAAACAAUAAACUGCCAGGACCACCGGUACUGCCUCGGGAGGUCCUACUCACUCCAGGUGCCCCCAAACAUCCUCCAGCUGCCCGUGGAUCUACACGACUUCUCCUGGAAGCUGCUGGUACCCAAGGACAGUGUGAGCCUGGCGCUGGUGCCAGCUCAGAAGCUGCAGCAGCACACACAGGAGCGGGCCUGCAACGCCAGCUUCAGCUACCUCGUGGCUAGCACCGUCCCUGGCAAAAACCUUUACUUUGGCUCCUUCUGCUCUGGAGGCUCCAUCGAGCAGAUCCAAGUGAAGCAGAACAUCUCUGUGACGCUCCGCACCUUUGCCCCCAACUUCCAACAGGACAUGGCCAGGCAGGACCUGACCGUGUCCUUUAUUCCACACUUCAAAGAGGACAGUGUUUUCAUGGUGACCCCGGACAAUAAGAACAAGGUCUACCUGAGGACCCCUAACUGGGACCGGGGCCUGCCAUCACUCUCCUCGGUGUCCUGGAACAUCAGCGUGCCCAGAGACCAGGUGGCCUGCCUGACCUUCCUCAAGGAGCGGACUGGGUUGGUCUGCCAGACAGGGAGGGCCUUCAUGAUCAUUCAGGAGCAGCGCAGCCAUGCUGAGGAGAUCUUCAGCUUGGAGGAGGAGGUGCUCCCCAAGCCCACCUUCCGCCAUCACAGCUUCUGGGUCAAUAUCUCCAACUGUAGCCCUGUGAACGGCAAGCAGUUGGACCUGCUCUUCUGGGUGACACUUACCCCACGGACUAUGGACCUGAAUGUGGUCAUCAUUGCCGUGGUGGGAGGCGCCGCCUUGCUGCUGUUUGCACUCGGACUCAUCAUUUGCUGCGUGAAAAAGAACAGGACAAAGGAGAUAAAAGGCCUGACUGUGGGUGUCUACAACGACAAUCCCAAUACCCAGAUGCCCAUGAAGCCCAAUAAGUUCCAGAAAGGCCGCAAAGACAACGAGUCCCACGUGUACGAUGUCAUCGAGGACACCAUGGUGUAUGGGCACCUGCUCCAAAAUGCCAACGGGUCCUUCCACCAGCCGGAAAUGGACACCUACCGGCCCUUCCAGGGCCCCAUGGGAGACUGCCCUCCCUCCCCACCUCCGAUAUGCUCCAGGGCUUCAACUAAAAAGUUGACCACCGACGAGCCAUCCCCAGACAUCCCUCCUGAGUCUGAGAGUGAACCUUACUCCUUCUCCCACCCCACCCAAGGCGACAGAAGCCUCGAGAACACCAGCGUUCCUUUGCUGGGUGUCCAGGAGCCAGAACAACCUGCAAAAUAACGAACUCAUCCCAAAGACUUUGCAUAAUUCAGGGCACUGAGAUUUAAUUUAACCCUUUAGCGUUCCUAACCAGGAAUCCUAAAGAGGAGGAACUGUAAGGAACAGCAGGAGAGUUUCCUGGAUGCUUGCUACCAACUUCUCAUUUCCAGGUAGACCCGUCCUGAUGGUGACAUGCUGAGAAUGGUGGAUAUUCUGAUCUGGAUACAAUCAUCACAGCUCAUGUCCCUCUAAACUCAGGUUGGGUUGUAGAGCGGCUGGCAAUGCCCAGUGCCAGUCACUCAGUGCAGGGUGGCAGCAGACCCUCGGUUUGGAUCUGGAUUGGACUGCUUCAGGUGGACUGUUCUGACUCCCAGGAGGCCUCACCAGAGGUCUCUGCUGUCACUGGGGCCCCCUGGCUGAAACGACAAUGUGCUUUUUUAUUACAGUUAUUUAUUUGGUGGUUCUGUAUAUUUAAGAAAUUGAAUGUAUAACCACCCAGCUCUUUUCAUGUGACAUGAUGAUAACUCACACUGACUGGUUGGCUGUCUGGGUUUUGAGUUCUGCCAACCACCAGCUAAACAAAUGCUUGUCCUCUUGGAGGUGGAAAUAAUGUGCAAGCUGUCCAGCCAGAAAAGGAUGUGUGUGCUUGAGCAGCACUGACACUGACUGACUUUGGCCGGAGACCUGCUGGUCUCUGGCUCUGCCUGUGGUGCUGCCCCGAGACUCAUCCUGGAUCCCCAUGUCUCGUGGCCUACAAACCCAAGGAAUGACCCUGAACUGCUGUGGCGACUCUCCCAGCUGUGGCAAUACUUUGGCAUUUAAAUAGAAAUUUAGGAAGUAUUUUCACCCUCUAAAAAUGUUUUAAAAUAUACCAGAGGAGCUGUGUAGCAAAUUACCCCAGAUUAGGUGGCUUAAAACAACACACAUUUCUGAUCUUGUGGUUCUGGAGAUCAGAAGUGCAAGGUGGGUUUCUCGGAGCUAAAUCAAGCUGUCCGCAGAGCUGUGCCCCUGUGAGAAGCUCAGGGAGAAUCCACCCCACCCCCCU